AUGGGAUUAGACUACCUUGGGCCAGUUUUUGAUGGUGACAUUAAAGGGAGUGACAUUGUUCUUAUGGUGUUGCUUGAUGGUGCUCAACUUUAUGAACACAAAGACUUGGAUUGUUGGAUGUAUGUAUGGAUUAUUGUGAAUCUUGCCCCCAACAAGCGCUACCAGAAGAUUUAUGUCCGCCCUGGUGGUUUUAUCCCUGGGCCUAACAAGCCGAAGAAUUUGGACUCGUUUCAAUGUGUCGGAAUGCAUCACAUAUCCACACUCCAGAAAGAGGGACUCAAUAUCUGGGAUGCCAACCGCAAUAUUGUUUUUUGCUUGGACAUCUACCUUCUUUUUCCAACUGCUGAUGGCCUUGGCCUUGUUUAUUGGGAUGGAAUGGUUGGACAUAGUGGUAAAAAUGGAUGCCGCAUAUACUGUGGCAUUCUGGGUCAGCACAAGAACCAUGGUCAACAUUACUAUCCUAUUCUCAUUAUGCCUCAUGAUAAAUAUCCUCCUGAUGGGAGUAGACACCCAGAUAUUGUGGUUUUUGACCUUCCAUCAAGUGGUUCUGAUACAUAUGCUGACCAUCUCAAGAGGCUCAUAUCCUCUCCUAAUCAAACUCAAUAUGAUAACUGCAAGACAGAAACAGGCAUUGCAAAAGCACCUUUAAUCCUUGGUCUCAGUCCCUCACAAUCACUGGGUGUUCCCUAUUGCAUGACAACUGAUAUAAUGCAUUUUGCUGGUAACCUCAGUGAUUUUUUGAUUUCACUUUGGCAUGGAAUUAUUGAUUGUGAUGGAACUGAUGAUUCUGAACAAUGGGAAUGGGCAGUUUUUGUCGAUAAUGAAGCUUGGGAAAGAACAUCUGUCUAG